GUGCUAUCUCCAUCUUCAGUUCCAGAGUCCUUUGUUUCUGUCCAAGAACAAAUGGCACAGAAUGCCUAUCAGUAUCAACAGCAAAAGGCAGAAAUGACAUCCACGCAGCAGAGAAGCACAUCUGCAGAAGAGACAAGAAAAUCACAGGACAGAAAAGUAAACAUCACUGAAACCCUGUGGGACCAGGUGUUGACAGCCUUCAAGGAUAUACAAAAUGAGCUGCAGGAAGAUGCUCGGAUUCGAGGGAUGAGCUCCACGAUGCCCAUGUCAUCUGCACCUAGGACUGGAAGCAUCAGGCCUCCCGAUUGGGGGAUGACCCCAAAGUUGAGAAGAUCACAGUUCAGCACUGGAGACCAGCCAUCAGGAGCCCGUGCCUACAACCUAAAGACACAGCUAUCUGGCCAAUCAGCUUACUACCCUGGGCCCUAACUCUAUAACCAAGGAAGAAGGACCUCUCUGCUUCUGCCA